UAUGUGAUGUAACUGUCAUCUUAUCCAGGUUUGUAAGUGUAACUUAUGCGCCAUUUAAAAACUUCCCCGGUGAUUCCACCCAAUGGCUGAAGAAAAGUGCACCGACCGACCUGCGAUGUUUCACAUCAACGUACCGGACCAAUACGGAAACGUUCCGCUGCACACUGCGGUCAUACGUGACGACGUGGCGUUACUCGAGGAGCUGCUGAACGAGAGUCACAUCGACGUCAACUACCGCAACCAGAAGGGCGAGAAUCCGCUCAUCUUGAGCCUGCGUAUGUUCCGCUCCGAGUCGUUCGUCAAGAAACUAGUUGCGGCGGGCUGCGAGAUUAAUGCCACCAAUAAGUACGGUCAAACUUCGCUGCACGUCGCGUUGCUCUGCUCGUCGAUCGAUGUCAUACACGACUUAAUCGAGCACGGUGCCGAUGUCAAUAUGCAGGACGAGGAGUGUCGUACCCCCUUGCAUUACGCCGUGGAUAACGAUAACCUGGAAGCCGUCUGUAUGUUACUGACGUACGGCGCCGACGUCAGCAUGCUCUGUAAGGACAACAUGACCGCGUUCACCCUAGCCUUGUACCGCAACCGUACGGACAUCGCCGAGGUCCUAUUCAACUACUACGACGAAUUCUUGGACGCAGACCUGGACGGCUACAACGCAUUACACUUGGCCGCCUGGCACAAGAGCUCGCUGGCUUUCGAUCUCGUUCACGCAGGUAUCGACGUCAAUUCGAUCACCUUCGACGGGAGCACCGCGUUAGCUCUGUCGCUGUACUACGACUCAGCCGACCUGUUUAAGCUGAUCUGGUCAAAACUCGACCAGAAAACGCUGCUCGCCCGUAGGGAGUCCUUCCUGUUGAACUUCAUCGAGACGCUCUCGUUUUCGGCGAGCGAAUGGCUCGAGUGCAUGUACACGAUUUUGAGCUCGCCGAUCGCGUUCGAUCUAAUGGAGCACUGUAAGAGUUACUUCGCUUACGAGGCGUUCGAGUACGGCCUCUUCUCCAAGUUGCUCAAGACGUUUUAUUGGUUCGACGUCGAGGUGGACGAUCGCGUUUCGAUAAUACUGAUGUGCCUAGGGCUCGGUUACGUUGUGAAUACGUCCGACAUUAAUUUCGCGUCGGUGCUGUACGGUUUCAACGAGGAGUUGCAUAUUUUCUUGUACGCGGGGGGUUAUCUCGCGCAUUCGCUCGAUUUGGAUGGCGCCUUCAACUUAUUUCCUCAGCCGGCUUUCAUCUUUAGUGUGAACGACGUGAAACGCGACCUCAUCAUCGAGCUGUUCAAGAAACAAAUCGAAAGUACGUACUAUCCGUUCGAGUUGAUCGCGAUACAAAAUAACGUGGUGAACGCGCUGAGCUUCUUCUCACUUUCCUUCGCCGAGAAGCAGCAACUGUUGGAUUACUGCGGCUUGUACUUGGAGGAGCACGAUUUGAUCGCGAGCAAAGUGUGGACCGUACCCGAGUUGCCGUCGCUGUUGGAACUCAGCCGAAAUCAAUCGCGGGUCUUCAUACAACGUUCCUUCAACAUACGCCAUCCUUACCAAUUUCAUGAUGUUGUUAAAUCGUUGAAUUUGCCUUCGUAUUUGAAAAAUAUAAUAAUGUUCAAAACGCCUGUUUAUUAAUCGCUUAAAAUAAAUUUAGUUUCGUAUC